AUGUUAAAGCAGCUAUAUGAAUGUGGAUAUCUUCAAACUACUUCAAAGAACUACAAAAAUAUCACAAAUCAAUUUUGGAAUGCCUUUCAAGAUGUCUUAGAUAGUAAUAUUUAUAGAGUAGAUAGAAA